AUGUGGGUUAUCAAAUGUAAAGCUGCGGUAGCAUGGGAAGCAGGAAAGCCCCUCUCUAUUGAGGAGAUAGAGGUGGCACCCCCAAAGGCACAUGAAGUUCGCAUAAAGAUUAUUGCCACUGCAGUUUGCCAUACUGAUGCCUAUACCUUGAGUGGGGCUGACCCUGAAGGAUGUUUUCCAGUGAUCUUGGGACAUGAAGGAGCUGGAAUUGUAGAGAGUGUUGGUGAAGGAGUUACAAAACUAAAAGCAGGUGAUACUGUCAUUCCACUUUACAUCCCACAGUGUGGAGAAUGCAAAUUUUGCCUGAAUCCUAAGACAAACCUUUGCCAGAAGAUAAGAGUCACUCAAGGGAAAGGACUGAUGCCAGAUGGUACUAGCAGAUUUACUUGCAAAGGAAAGACCAUUUUACAUUACAUGGGAACCAGCACUUUUUCUGAAUGGUGGAAGAGUGUAGAAAGUGUCCCAAAGCUGGUGUCUGAAUAUAUGUCUAAAAAGAUCAAAGUUGAUGAAUUUGUGACUCACAAUCUAUCUUUUAACCAAAUUAAUGAAGCAUUUGAACUUCUGCAUGCCGGAAAGAGCAUUCGAACUGUUGUAAAGAUUUAA